AUGCGGCUUCUCAAUACCCAUUCAAUAGAAUUGCAAGACUUCAUCGGUAGUAGUGUGCCAAAAUACUCAAUUCUAUCUCAUACUUGGGGCGAGCAGGAGGUGUCUUUUGCAGAUUUCUCGAAAUGUAAGAAUGAGGGAAGCGAAAGAUUUAAGAAGAUUGAAAACGCAUGCAUAAUGGCGCGGCUCCAAGACAGCGACUGGAUAUGGAUAGAUACCUGCUGCAUCGACAAGUCCAGCAGUGCUGAGCUCUCUGAAGCCAUAAAUUCGAUGUAUCGCUGGUAUGAAAUGUCCACUGAUUGCUUGGUCUAUUUAGAGGACGUGAAGAAGGAAGCUUUGCAGCUGGUGUGGCUUUCACAAUUUAGUCGGAGUCGAUGGUUUACACGUGGUUGGACGCUGCAAGAGCUCCUGGCUCCUGAUCAUGUGACUUUCUUCGACCGUGACUGGGCCCAGCUCGGCACUAAGCAUAUGUUCGUAGAUGAAAUCUCAACGAUCACGGGUAUUCCUCCUUUAGCUGUCCGUGAACGUAAGUAUUUUCGAUACAGUGUUGCUCAGAAAAUGUCGUGGGCGUCUGGUCGCCAAACAACUCGGAUGGAGGAUCGAGCGUACUGCUUGUUUGGGCUUUUUGACAUCAACAUGUCUCUUCUCUAUGGUGAAGGAGAGAAUGCAUUCAUAAGACUUCAAUAUAAAAUCUUGAAAAGCAGCACGGACGAGUCCAUCUUUGCCUGGGCAUCGAACGACACAAGGCCGGGUACAAACAUCUUUCUUGCACGAUCGCCGGCUUAUUUUGCAGGCUCUGGAGAUAUCAUACGUGAGCUCCAAUCUAAACCCUACUGUGAUAGGUCUCCUUAUUCUAGGACAAACCUUGGACUACAAUUCGAGAUUCGCCGCCUGGCUGCUGAUGGUAAUGAUUGCUUAACGCAGCCUACAACAUUUCCUUCCCUCAAGGCGUACGAUUUGUUUGCGCCUAUAUGCUGCAGACGUGACUCUUUACCUGGCACUCUACUUGUACUUUUUUUCAAGCAAUGGACGAACAGUGCGCGUAGGACAAUUGCCUACCGUGUUCACAUGGAUAAACUAGAAAACAUCCAGGUCGUAUCAAAUGCUUCACAAAAAGACUUGGUGUGCAAGGCGCUCUACAUUAAUGACAAAUUUAUAUUUUAUUCUCCGAGAAUUGGGCCAGACGACCCGGUGUGGGUGGAUGGAAUUAAAAAACCAGUCGCGUCCCACUCUGGGCUCACGAGAGGAUAUUAA